AGUAUCGUUCGAAGCUUUUAGGGGUGCGGAUGCGUACGAAGUUUCAAUUCUCAAGUGUAAUUUUCGUUGAAUCAAUAGUAAAUGUUUGAUUUGUGAUUUAUUUUAUUCGUAAAGCAACGUGUUUUGUGAAGUGUUUGAAAAUAUUUAUAUUUUUACUUCAUUUUCGUUUGAACAUUGGAAUGUAUCCAUUAUAAGAUACCGAAAUAGAAAAUCCUGCAACCUGCUAUCGUAAUGGAGAAUCUACAAACGAAUGACCGAAAGCAUGCGAGAUUGGCCGCAGUAGAAGAAUUAGCGGUGAAGGUCCUCGAUGAUUCGGACAUCAAAGAAAAGUACAGGGCUUACUCCAUAUACUCUUACUGUUUAUUGAGCGUGCUGAUCAGUUUUGUGCUUGGUCUCUCCAUUGGAGUCCUCAUCACGAGGCCGGACCCUAAAAGACAGACGGACAGGAUUACUAAAGCUAGACAAGGAAGGCGUUUGGAUACAGCAAACGUCUCGUAUACAGGAGUCGCAUUCGUAAACAACCAACGCUCUGAUUUCAAUAGACAAAUAUACCCGAAACAUUUGAACGACGAUCUGCGGGACAUAUUGAAAGAUAACAAAGGAACAAAUGUGAAUUUUCCACGGACGCCAAACGAGAACACCGUUUUGUAUGAUAACGUUUAUUGGGGUCCCGAAAUCGAGAACUCCAUGCCGCAGGGCUAUGGAGAGAACAGCGCGGAGCUCUGGGAGAGAUACGUCGGCAGCAGCGAGGUAGUUAAGAUGGAAAUCGGCUGCGGCAGGAUGCAAAAUCGACUGGUAACAUUCCGGGACGGCACCAGAGCCUGCGUUCGCUACAGACAAAACACCGAUCAAAUUCAAGGCGAAAUAUUCAGCUUCUACGUCGGCAGGUUGCUGAACCUGACUAAUCUCGCCCCUUCGGUGGUCAAGAUCGUCGAUCUGAAAGACAAACUGUGGAGGAACGUGGUCAACGACAUAGCGGCCGCUAAAUGGAGCAGGAACCGCGCGAUAGUACUGACACAGUACGUGCCUAGCUUGGAACCAGCUCACAUACCGGACGUUUUCAAGUCCUCGACGCGCCACUUGAACAAAAUCGACGUUUACAAUAUGUCGAACGAAGAGAACGAAACUAGCGACAUCACGAAAGAGCUAUUAAUAGAGAAAAUGAGGAUUAAAGACGUGAGAAGUAAAGCGAAAAACAUCGAAAAGUUUAGCAGAAUCGAUAUGAGACUGAACGACAAAACAGUUAAGUCGUUCUUGGAGCUAGCUCAGUGGUCGGACUUGAUUGUGUUUGAUUAUUUAACCGCCAAUUUGGACAGGAUAGUCAAUAACUUGUUUAAUUAUCAAUGGAACGAGAACAUUAUGAACGGGCCGGCCCAUAAUUUGGCCAAGAAGAUGGACAGCGGUCUUUUGGUGUUCCUCGACAACGAGUCUGGUCUUCUGCACGGUUAUAGGCUCCUGAAGAAAUACAACGUAUACCACAGCCUGCUGUUGGACAGUUUGUGUGUGUUCCGCAAAAGUACCAUAGACGCUUUAAAGCGACUACAUUAUAAACAGGAUGUUGGCGCGAAAUUGAGUGAUAUGUUCCAUUUGCGAAAUAGCGCUGUAGUCAGGGAUGUACUGCCCGCGUUGCCGGAGAAGAACUCGAAGGUUCUACACGAGAGAAUAGGCAGGGUAUUAAGUCAAGUGCAGAAAUGUGAGGAGGCAUUAAGAUAGCGUAAUUCUCGGUGCGGAUGUGUAUGUGGGCUAGCGCCGAAAGAUUUAGACAAUGCCUUUUGUGCGUAAUCAUUCCCGUGUAAAGAAGGAUUUUUUAUUAUUAUUUCCUACCUAUGCUGAUAGCCUUGAGAGCCUAUUUCAGCUUCACCCUAACGUAUAGGUGAGCUCACGGGGCUCAAACCGGAGUGUUCCUAACACUGGCCCUAGCAAGAGCAGUGCUUCGCAGAAACUACCACCGGACCAGAAACGCGACCCACUGAGAAGAUCCGGCGAGAAACUCAGUGGGCUGUGUCUUUGGGUUAAUUUAUGCGUCAAGCCCUUCAUCUCAAGCGACGGGUUCGGCGAGGACGGUGACCGGUGCUUGUGGUGCCUAAAAGCACCGUUAACGGAUCGGGAGAAUUCGUAAUGACGUGAAGCAAGGAGGUAUUUGAUACGUUGUAUGGGAAGAAGAAGGAAGGGAUCCAUCAUAUGGUAGUGGUAACGCCUGUGAUUCCUCAUCGGUUUGUGCCACCGUCUGUUCCAGCCUGAAGGGUGGGGAGAUCUCAGAAUCAACAGAUGUCAUUCACAUUAAAUGCAAAAUUAUUCGAAGCUGGUAAUAGCGUAAUGCGGUUCUAAUUUGUUGCAUAUUAACCCUUAUAGCGCGCGCCGUCGAUAGAUGAUGCGUAUAAAGUGCCGAGCGUCGAUAUAGCGACUGUUGCGCAGUUCGAUUGUAGGUAUUAAGAACAAUUAUAAAUAACCAUUUAAAAUUGUGUUUCUGUGAAUUUAGUAUUGAUUUUCAUAUUUAUUGUUUUUAAGGUACGUUUUUUUUUUUCAAAAAUCCUCUACAAAUUAUGUGAAAAUAAGCUUAGCACUAAAAGGGUUAAUAUUGUAUGAUUAUGACGAAGGCCACGUAUGAGAAAUAAAUGGAUUUAAUCUUUGACAAGAAUGUUCGAUGCUGGAACUGUUAGCUCGAGAAGUUCUUGCUGAAGUUACUUCACGUUUUUUUUAAAUGUUGUUUUUGAAGUGGAACUUCUUUAGGCUGGUUGAGAGUAAAAUUUAACUCGUGACAGAUUCGUUACGGCUAGAGAGAAAAGAUACAAUUUAGGACGAGCGAGAGUGAGAAAAUAGACAGAGCGUCUCGCGAAACACUCGACCGUGGAGAGGGAAAGGACAAAGCGAGCUAGGUCGUUUCUCUUAUACACAGCAUUCCCUAUAACAAGAGAUUCAAGGAUGAAAAAUGAAGAAGACCACAAUACUACACACCGCAAAAUAAGUUUCACUUCUUUCAAUUUUUUACUAUAAUAAAAUUUAAUAUAUAAUGCAGCGGUCGCCCUACCCUACAAUCUGGAAAGCAAUACUACUGCUUAAUGGCGACAAACUACAAUAUUAUAUAUUUGAUGUAACAAAAUGUAUUUAAUGUAAUAUUCGAUUAUCAUUACAUAUCGUGUCCGUAUAUAAUAAGUUAAAUAAUUAAUUUUAAAAGUGAUAUCGUAUAAUUUUUUUUGAUACCAAAUAGUUUGUUUAUUUAUUUUCUUUAACGAAUACAAUUGUAUAUAAUUUAAGUGUGUAAUUUAAGUGCCAGUUUAGUUAAUAUAUUGCGUGAGGUUAAUUUGAGGAUUUUAUGUAACAGUAGCCACAAUCUAAGAUUAUCAUGUGUGUGUUAUGCGCUAAACGAUAAUAUUGCUUAAAAAAAAACAAAAUAUUUACUACAUCACUGAAUACUAUAUUCAAAAUAGAAUAAUUUUUUAGUUGCAGUGGCUUAUGACAUGUGAAGUGGAAUGAAAUGUGUGGUUAGUUAUUAACAGAGCUUUAUGUAUAAAGACUUUAGAAGAAGAGGUAGACCUAAAAGAAAUGGAUGGAUUGCGUGAAAGACGAUAUGUGUAAGAGGGGAGUGAGCGAAGUAAUGGUAUAUGAUAGAGGAGUAUGGAAGGAGAAAGCUGCGCCAACAACGGGUGACUGGGAGAAGGACAGGAGGAUGAUGAGAAUUGAGUAAGCGCCAAAAAUAUAAUUGAAGAAUUGAGGCCGUCAGCGCCAAAGUGACGUCAUCUUACCAUAGUAUGGAGAUAAUGAGGACCGAAUUUACUUUUACACUGUUUCGUAGGCAAAAACAAUACCCGCAAAAUAAUGUUCAUAAAGCCAUCUGUUAUUUAGGGGUCAAAAUAGGGAUAGGCCGGUUUUGCUUUGAAAAUUUAUAAUGUUUUAAAUAUCGUUAAAGGUAUAAAAUUCGUUUUCUUAAAAAAAAGUUAAGACACUUCAAUCCUACAGGUGCGUUAUGACAAUAAGUUAAGAACUAUGUGUAUGACAAUUGAAAGUCUUACGAAAUAUCUCUGAGAAGCAAUUUUAUACGAGAAAUAUUCAAACAAAAAAUACAAAUAUAAACUAAUUGUUAUCUAUGAAAUAGAAAUUUGAAUAAAAAAGGGGCAUUUACAAUUAAUGUACCGAAGAACAUUGGAAAAAUUAUCUAAUAGAGAUAUUAUUAUAGUAACUUAAAUAAAUAUAAUAAUAUGAUGAAAUGGAUGAAACCACAGAAAUAAAUCAAGAUCUUGAUAUUAUUUCGGUGGAUGAAACCAUCUAACAUGCGUCUAUGGGCGCCGGUAAAAUUCUAGCAGAAAAGCCACCACCUCAAUAGAAUCUCAAUUAAGACACAUAUUCUCAAAUAUCUCAGUUCCCGCCUUUUCUGUUAAUUAAUGUCAAUUGUUAAGAUAAAAAAAAACCUUUUGUCAAAUCGAAGAGGCACAAGGAAAUUUUUAAUACAGCCAAGUCUUUUGUUAUUGUGAGAUCGUUUGUUAGACGAAAAGUUGAUUAAAAGAGAAUAAAAAGAAAUGGCCGUUCUUUAAAAAGUUAGGAAGUUGAGAAUUCCGUGCAUUCCUUUUGGAAGAGCCCGAGGUUUUCCCACACUUGUAUAUUUUCACAGAUACUAAUUAGUUAAUAUAUUAAUAAAAACACAAUAAUUAACAAUGUUGACAGUGGCUGUGAGUGUCUGUGUGUGUUUGUGUUUUUAAAUAUUAUAUUUCCGUACUCCGCAAUAACAAGUGACCAAUAGUUUUAGUUUUUUUAAUAUAGUACUGUAAAUAAUGUAUUAAUAUAUAUCAAAAGUGGCGCGAGCUUUUGUCAGGGCAACAAUUGUCAAAAGCUACGAAUAUAACCCGCCAAAGCAGUUUUCGCGUAAUUGAUUAUUGUUAUAAGUCCACACAGAUCUAUCAGAACUUAUUAAUGGAAGAUAAAAUUUGGGGAACAAAGCUAUUGCUUGAGUUUUUUUUAUUACAUCGCUCAAAAAGUAUUUAAACCAAAAAUUACCUCUUUAAAACUUCUGGGUUAAGGGACUAUUCUGGCUUCACCCUGACGGGUAAGUGACCUAACGGACUCAACCUGAGGGUAUUUGCUAACACUAGACCUAGUAAGAGCAGUGCUUCGCUGAAUCUACCACCGGAUCGGAAUAGCGACCCACUGUGUAGAUCCGGCGAGAAUCUCAGCGGGUUGUUUCUUAAAGGUUAAGUUGCAUUGGCGAUCUCGACAUGAAGUUUAAAACUGUAGAUAACAUGUGUGUAUAUUAUCGAAGCCAAUCGCCAAAAGAUUUUCAGUUUUAUCAGCUCUUCAAUAAAGCUUGAGAACAAAAUAAGUAAUUUUAUUUAAUUAAUAAAAAUCACGCCAUCUUUGUUUAUCUGACAUUGUGUAUUCUCGAAUUAUGAGUUUGUAAUGUCGACAAUUAUAGCUUUUGUACAUAAAUAUUGAAUGCAAUAAUCAUAGCUGUAGUAUGUUGUACAUUUUAAACUGUAUAUAAUGUAUUAUUUUAUUCACAUUAAAAUAAAGUUUAGCCCAGUAAAACUAUAGCACGAACUGAGUUGCUCUAUAAAGAAAAACAACUUAAAAAGCUAUUGCUUCACCAGUUUUUAUGUUUUUUAUAUUUCAAUAUUCAAAAAUGUUUUAAUAUUUCUAAUGUUUCUUCUUCUAAUGUUUCAAUAUUCAAAUUACCAUUUUUGUCACCUGUAUAUCAUAUUAUAAGCUCUUUUAAGAUUUAUGACAUAAAUCAUAGAGAAUCAUAUAGAUUCUAUAAAUCAUAUCAAAUCAUGUAUAAUUUUAUGAUAUUAUCGAGGUGUGAAAGGUUAUUUUGUUUAAGCGACAUUUUCGCAACUUUAACGAAGAGCCAUUAAAAAGUUUAAAAUUAGGAAACUAUUUUUUUUUUAUGGCCUCGAUGUGUGGACGAGCUCACAGCCCACCUGGUGUUAAGUGGUUACUGGAACCCAUAGACAUCCACAACGUAUAUGCGCCACACACCUUGAGAUAUAAGUUCUAAGGUCUCAGUAUAGUUACAACGGCUGCCCCACCCUUCAAACUGAAACGCAUUACUGCUUCACGGCAGAAAUAGGCGGGGCGGUGGUACCUACCCGUGCGGACUCACAAGAGGUCCUACCACCAGUAAAAUAUCAUAACAAAAACACUUUUUCAGCCAUUUGAAUGGGGUAAACUUGAAUUAAGUUCAAUUAAAAACAUCAAAUUGUUGAUGCUAAUACCAAAUAAAACGGAUAUUUAGUUACAAAGAUAAAUGUCACGUUUUAAGCGAAAUGCCUAUCACUCCUCGAUAUUAUUUCUUUAAUUAAUUGACUUACAAACCAUACUGUAAACUAAUUUAAAACAAGAAAACACUAUAUCUUAAUCCUUAUAUAAGUAUUUCUCUGGAAAUAAAAUUCAUUUUACGUUGUUCUGUUAAAUAAAAAAACAAUAUUGUCACUUUAAUAUCAUCAUUCGUCAUAAAAACAGUAUUUUUUAAUUUUACCUACAUAAAAUUUAAAGAGUUAAAAUUUUCGACUGCAAUAGUAAAAUAGACUAAUGUUAAAAUGCAAUUAAGACGAAAUAAAUGAAUUUGGGAGA